CGCGGGGAGGGAGGGAGGGAGGGGUGUGUGUCUGUGUGUGCGUGCGUCUGUGUGUGUGUGUGUUUGGGGGGGGUCCUCGGCUGACGCGCGGCCGCCCCCGCACUGCUCUCCCCGGACCCCGCGUCCUCACGGCCGCCCGGCAAUGGGUGCCGCAGCACAGCCCGUUCCUUAGGCAAAGGGAAAUAAAUUCGCCGCACCGACACGUCAAGUAGUCCCCCCUCAGGAGAAGCCGCCGAGCCCGCCCUCCUGGUUCCCCCCCUUGCCCCGGCCCGGGCCCGGCCGGCGGCGUCCCACCGUUGCAACGGGGAGUGGGGAGCGUGGGCGUGGGCCCGCCGGUCCCCGGUUCCUCGUUUCUCUCCUCCUGCGCCUCUUCGGCUUCGUGCCGCCCUCCCCGCCCGCUCCCUCCUCCCCGCCGCAGGAGGAGCCCCCCGCGGAGAGGGGGAAGGAAAAGGACCCCACAGAGGCGAGAGCGAGCGAAGAGGAGGAGGAGAAGGGAGCAACCUACCAUCUUCCACUCCCCGCUUAGCUUAAAGAAAGUGAGAGGAGAGAGAGAGAGGCGCCCAGAAGAGGGGGACAGGGAGGCCCAGAGGAGCGGCGGCGCCGGCACCCUCCCCCUAUGAAGAAGAGUCCUCCCCCUCAGAGAGAGGUCCUGCCAGGGGGACCCCGGCCGGCCCGCAGCAGCACCGCCGCCGCCAGCAGGCGCCGGGAAAAUUCCGUUUCUUCAGCAACUUGUUAUUCCGGAGCCGGGCCUGCUCCCCUCGCCCUGGGGCUGCCCUUCCCGCACAGGAGGGGGUAGAGAGCUGAAAGGGAUAACUUACUCAAAACUGGACUAGUGUUAAAGUGGAAACCAGAAACUAAAGGCACUGGAAUCAGCAAAGACACUUCUAGAGAAAGUGGAGAAGGUAGAGAAUGGAGCUGCAGACUCUACAGGAGGCUCUGAAAGUGGAAAUUCAGGUUCACCAGAAAUUGGUUGCCCAAAUGAAGCAAGAUCCACAGAACGCUGAUUUGAAGAAACAACUUCAUGAACUUCAAGCCAAAAUCACAGCUCUGAGUGAGAAACAGAAAAGAGUGGUGGAACAGCUUCGAAAGAAUUUGAUAGUGAAGCAGGAACAGCCAGACAGUAAAUUUCAAAUACAGCCAUUGGCACAGUCAGAAAACAAACUACAGACACCACAGCCACAACCACUACAACAGCUACAGCAACAUCACCAUCAACAGCAGCAACAGUCCACGGCACCCUCUCCAAACGUGAUAGGAUCACAGAAAACUGUAACUACAGCUUCUAUGAUCACCACUAAGACACUACCUCUCGUCUUGAAAGCAGCAACUGCGACCAUGCCUGCCUCUGUUGUGGGUCAGAGACCUACCAUUGCCAUGGUUACUGCUAUCAACAACAAUCAGAAAGCAGUCCUCAGCACUGAUGCGCAGAAUGCACCAGUCAACCUCCAGACAACAAAUAAGGUCACUGGGCCAGGAGCUGAGGCAGUCCAAAUAGUGACAAAAAACACAGUAACUUUGCAGGUUCAGGCUACCCCUCAGCCCAUAAAAGUGCCGCAGUUCAUCCCUCCUCCCAGACUUACUCCUCGUCCAAAUUUUCUUCCACAGGUUCGACCUAAACCAGUUGCCCAAAAUAACAUUCCUAUUGCCCCUGCACCUCCUCCAAUGCUUGCAGCUCCUCAGCUUAUUCAGAGGCCUGUGAUGUUGACAACAAAGUUCACACCCACCUCUUUACCCAACUCUCAGAACUCCAUACAUCCAGUUCGUGUAGUUAACGGGCAGACAGCAACCAUAGCCAAAACUUUCCCUAUGGCACAGCUCACCAGCAUCGUGAUAGCAGCACCGGGUACCAGGCUCGCUGGGCCUCAGACUGUACAGAUCAGCAAACCAAACAUUGAAAAACAGACUAUUAAACCACAUGUGGAAACAGAAGAGAAGCAAACAGAAAGUCGUACAGUUACUCCACCUGCUGCACCGAAGCCAAAACGAGAAGAAAAUCCACAGAAACUUGCCUUCAUGGUUUCUCUGGGACUAGUUACUCAUGACCAUCUGGAAGAAAUCCAAAGUAAGCGACAAGAGAGGAAAAGAAGAACAACAGCAAAUCCAGUGUACAGUGGAGCCGUUUUUGAGCCUGAGCGCAAGAAGAGUACAGUGACGUACCUGAACAGCACAAUGCAUCCUGGGACACGUAAAAGAGGUCGUCCACCUAAAUACAACACGGUGUUGGGGUUUGGGGCUUUGACCCCCACGUCCCCUCUCUCCAGUUAUCCUGACUCCCCUGAAAAUGAAAAGACAGAGACCACAUUUACUUUUCCCGCAGCUGUUCAGCCUGUGUCCCUGCCUAGCCCCAGCUCCACAGACGGUGAUAUCCAUGAGGAUUUUUGCAGCGUUUGCAGAAAAAGUGGGCAGUUGCUGAUGUGUGACACAUGUUCACGUGUUUAUCACCUGGACUGUCUGGACCCGCCUCUGAAAACCAUUCCUAAGGGCAUGUGGAUCUGUCCCAAAUGUCAAGACCAGAUGCUAAAGAAGGAAGAAGCAAUCCCAUGGCCAGGAACUUUAGCAAUUGUUCAUUCAUAUAUUGCAUAUAAAGCAGCAAAAGAAGAGGAAAAACAGAAACUACUUAAAUGGAGUUCAGAUUUAAAACAGGAAAGAGAACAACUAGAGCAGAAGGUCAAACAGCUCAGCAAUUCUAUAACAAAAUGCAUGGAAAUGAAGAAUACCAUCCUUGCAAAACAGAAGGAGAUGCACAGCUCCUUGGAGAAGGUAAAACAGCUGAUCCGCCUCAUCCAAGGCAUCGACCUUUCAAAACCCAUAAACUCUGAGGUCAAUUCAGUAGCCAUCUCCAACGGCAUGGACUCCACUAACAAUACUAAUGCUGCCACCUCCACCUUAGCCCCCUCCCCUUCCCAGAGCUGCAUGGUGAACUGUAACAAGGGCGAUGAGACUAAAUAACACAGUGAAGUUAAGAAGGAGCCAAGGGAGGUGGCGGCGAGGAGAAAGAGCAAAAUAAAGAAACUCUAGAAAAGCAAAACUGGA